AAGCCAGAAAUUAAACGCGGUCCUUCGGUGACGCUUCUCUAUUAAGAAAACUUUGCAUUUAGUGUAAAAUUUAAGGAAGGUAACCCGGCGUAACGACAGAAAACUCAAGUGUUCUACGCCUCGACACCCAUUUUCUGUCACGAUAUGAUCUAAACGGCCGAUCACCCGUUCACUCGAAAUGUAAAACAAAAUAAAAGGUGCCGAGUGACUUUUUCUAGUGUCUCCAAUGUCCAAUAGCGAAGCGAGUUUCCAGCCGGUCACGUGAUUUCCCAGUCGUUUAACUGAGUAACCACCACCCGCGUAACCAGUUGGUGGGGUGUAAAGCUUCGCAGCAGAUAUCAAAAAAUGAAGGCUGUGUUUGCUGCCGUGUUGCUGUCGUUGGUCGCAUGGUGCGAAGGGUACCCAUCUGGUGCACCUUCGACGGCCUGUGUUGAUCUCCUACCACGUCACAAGGUGAGAAACGAGAAGAACGAAAAGUUAGAAAACCAUUACGAAGCUCAGAGAUCCAACUCACCAUACAGAAUAGAGAUCUCCCCCAAGAACGCACAACCAGGAGGAUUAGUCAAUUUUACCAUAAAGGGCGAAGAUUCCUUCCAAGGAUUCUUCUUGAGGGUAUUCGACAGCCAGUCAAAUAAACCAGUCAGUGGACAGUUUAGAUCCACAGACGGAGCACACCCCGUCAAGUGUGACGCAGACAAGGACUCCAUAACCCAAAACGGAAAAGACGAAAAGAGAGAUUUGAAAGUCACCUGGGAGGUUCCUAGCUCCUUGAAAGGACCAGUCAAUUUAUAUGUAGGAGCAACCAUCCUUCAGAAUUUCAGAACAUUUUGGAGAAUCAACUCCGACUCCUUCUCCGUCAAAUAAACACCAUUACUGUAUUGUUACGCAGUCACGUUUCUUUCUUUUUUUUUAAUUGUUAUUCGUAUAACUACUACUCUUUUUAUAUUUUCUUUGUAAGUAAAUUAGAUACGAAAUAAAAUUAAUCUGUAAAAACACAAAUAUAAUUAUUUUUCGUCGUCCUAAUCGGAAUG